ACGUGGCACUUGCCAUGUGCCAGAUAGUUUUCUAAUGUUUUAAGAAUGAUAAAUCGCUUAAUCCUCAUAACAACUCUAUGAAGUAGGCAGCAUUCCUCUUCUUACGAAUGAGGAAACUGAGGCAUAGGGAGUUGAGUAACUUGCCUGAGGUCACACGGCUAACAGUCUGUGCUCUCUACCACUACACUCUACUGGUUCUCUGAUGAGAUCCCGUCACUGGUGGGGUGGAAGCAGAGGUUGAAGCAGCCUCAGCGCAGGGAGGGGUUCGAAACUAGGAGCUCCAUGACUCGCUCCAGCUGUGGCGGGAGCUGUUGGGAUGCAUGUGAAUGUGCUGAUGGUCGAUGUUCUGCUUCUCAGAUUGCUGCUUGGAAUCCUGCCACCUGAGCUAUGGUGUCUGUCAGAUCAUUGGGUUGGCUCCAUCCAAUUCACAGCUUUCCCUUGAAGCACUGAUGGUUGUCUCUGGGCGGACACUGAAGAGCGUGUGUUUGGGAGGUUAUAAAACCAGAGACUGUAUUCCCCAACUAGUGACUGAUUACCUGCAAAAUAAAAUUAACAUAGAUCCAUUAAUAACACAUCAGCUGCCUUUUGACCAGCUCCACAAAGCUUUCAAGUUGUACCAUGCUGGAAAAAGCAUCCGCUGUGUUCUGCUCUUCUGAGAUUCCACAGGAUAAAAGGGGCAAGGGCAUCCUUGGGGACUUCCUUCCUUUCCUGUUUCACCUUCCUGAUUGUUCCAGUGCAGUGGAAAGAGGAGCAACAGAGAUGGGAAUACAGCAAGAUGCUGCAAAAUGAAAUUUUUAUCUUGAAUGUAAUUAU